CCUAUGACAUCAGCCAGGAACGCCUGGGAUGCCGCCGCUCCUGGCCAACCUCCGAGGAGGAGGAGGAGGAGGAGGGUCCUGCCGGCUAAGAGUUAAUUAGCCCCGCGCGGCGCGGGGGGAGGCGCCAGUGUUCUGGGGACUCUGGCUGCCACUGUACUCCCACCCAGGGGAGCUCGCCGAGAGUUGGAUGAAUUCUGGGCUAUUAGCUGCGGUCAGCCGGGCUCCCGAGAGCCUGUUCCUGGUGGAAAACAGGGGGCGUCUGGCAAAGGGACCGGCGGCUUCCUGAGCCUGUCAACAUGACACUUCUGGGGUCUGAGCAUUCUUUGCUGAUUAGGAGCAAGUUCAGAUCAGUCUUACAGUUACGACUUCAACAGAGGAGGACCCAGGAACAGCUGGCUAACCAAGGCAUCAUAUCACCACUGAGAAGUCCAACUGAAUUCCAUGAGCAGAGAAAAAAUCUGGAUAGUGACAAGACUGAAAAUUCCUUGAAGCACAAAGCCCGAAACAGGCCCGAACGUGCCGACUUGGUUAAUAUGCAUAUACUCCAAGCCUCCACUGCAGAGAGUUCCAUUCCAACUGCUCAGAUGAAGCUGAAAAGAGCCCGACUUGCAGACGAUCUCAAUGAAAAAAUUGCUCUCCGACCGGGGCCACUGGAGCUGGUGGAGAAGAACAUUCUCCCUGUGGAUUCUGCUGUGAAAGAGGCCAUAAAAGGUAACCAGGUGAGUUUCUCUAAGUCAGCGGAUGCGUUUGCCUUUGAAGAGGACAGCAGCAGCGAUGGGCUUUCUCCAGACCAGACUCGAAGCGAAGAUCCCCCGGGCUCAGCGGGGUCCCCUCCAGACGCCAAAGCCUCAGAGACCCCUUCGGCUGCCCCUCUGGGGACCAUCCAGGAUCUCGCUUCUGGCUCAGAAAAUGACAGGAGUGACUCAGCCUCACAGCCCGGCCACCAGUUAGACGCGGGGAAGCCGGGGCUCGGCCCCAGCAGCACCCCCCUCCCCGUGCAUGCUGCUGUAAAGUCCAAGUCCUUGGGUGACAGUAAGAACCGCCACAAAAAGCCCAAGGACCCCAAGCCAAAAGUGAAGAAGCUCAAGUACCACCAGUACAUUCCCCCAGACCAGAAGGCAGAGAAGUCCCCUCCGCCCAUGGACUCAGCCUACGCCCGGCUGCUCCAGCAGCAGCAGCUGUUCCUGCAGCUCCAGAUCCUCAGCCAGCAGCAGCAGCAGCAGCAGCACCGAUUCGGCUACCCUGGGAUGCACCAAGCUCAGCUUAAAGAACCAAAUGAACAGAUGGUCAGAAAUUCAAACUCUUCUUCAACACCACUGAGCAAUACCCCCUUGUCCCCUGUCAAAAACAGUUUUUCUGGACAAACUGGUGUCUCUUCUCUCAAACCAGGCCCACUCCCACCUAACCUGGAUGAUCUGAAGGUCUCUGAAUUAAGACAGCAGCUUCGCAUCCGGGGCUUGCCCGUGUCAGGCACCAAGACGGCCCUCAUGGACCGGCUCCGGCCCUUCCAGGACUGUUCCGGCAACCCGGUGCCGAACUUCGGGGACAUAACGACGGUCACUUUCCCGGUCACCCCCAGCACGCUGCCCAGUUACCAGUCCUCCCCGUCCACCGGCGCCUUGUCCAACGGCUUCUACCACUUCGGCAGCACCAGCUCCAGCCCCCCGAUCUCGCCUGCCUCCUCCGACCUGUCCGUGGCCGGGUCCCUGCCGGACACCUUCAACGACGCGUCCCCCGCCUUCGGCCUGCACGCGUCCCCGGCCCACCUGUGCGCGGAGGAGGCGCUGGCGGGCGGCCUGAACGGGGCCGAGCCGGACGGGCCGGACUCCGAGAAGGACAAGAUGCUGGUGGAGAAGCAGAAGGUGAUCAACGAGCUCACCUGGAAGCUGCAGCAGGAGCAGAGGCAAGUGGAGGAGCUGCGGAUGCAGCUGCAGAAGCAGAAGAGGAGCCACUGCCCCGAGCAGAAGCCGCUGCCCUUCCUGGCCGCCCCCAUCAAGCAGGAGGAGGCCGUCUCCAGCUGUCCCUUUGCGUCCCAGCGAGUCUCGGCGACACGGCAGGGCGGCAGCGCGGAGAGCCCGGCGGUGCAGGCCUGCGGCGCCGCCCCUCUCCCGGGCCCGGGACUCGCGCACUGCGCGGAGCCCUCGGCUCAAACCGGGGUGCUCUCCUCCACGUUCCUCAGCCCGCAGUGCUCCCCGCAGCACUCGCCGCUCGGGGCGGUGAAGAGCCCUCAGCACAUCAGCCUGCCCCCGUCGCCCAACAACGCCUACUUCCUGCCCGCGCCCGCGGGGGCUGCGGCCGAGGCGCCUCGGCUCUCCCCGCCCGCCGGCAGCCAGGCCUGCCCCGCACAGAACUCAGGGGCACACGAUGGCCAUUCUCCAAGCUUUGCUUCCCAUUCUUCCAGCCUCUGCCCACCUUUCUCUGGAGCCCAGGCAGAUAGCAGUCACGGUCCCGGGGGCAACACUUGUCCAAAAAGCCCGGGUGUACAGCAAAAGAUGGCUGGCUUACACUCUUCUGAUAAGACAGGGCCAAAGUUUUCAAUUCCAUCCCCAACUUUUUCUAAGUCAAGUCCAACAGUUUCAGAGGUAACACAGCCUCCCUCCUAUGAAGAUGCCGUAAAGCAGCAAAUGACUCGGAGUCAGCAGAUGGAUGAACUCCUAGAUGUCCUCAUUGAAAGUGGAGAAAUGCCAGCUGAUGCCAGAGAGGAUCAUUCGUGUCUGCAAAAAGUCCCGAAGCUACCCGGGCCUUCCCGGAGCCCAGCCGCCGUCCUCCCCAAGCCCUCUGCCUCCUUCGAACAAGCGUCUUCAGGAGGCCAGAUGCCCUUUGACCACUACGCCACCGACAGCGAUGAGCACCUCGAAGUCCUACUAAAUUCCCAGAGCCCCUUAGGAAAGAUGUGGACGUUUUAUUGGGGCCUUGACAAAGCUUGCUGGUCAGUACACGUUUCAGGUAUCAUGUUUUGUGAUUUGUGUGUUAUUAUUCCCCCCCCCCCACUUCCUUUGGAAAACAAACUCACAUGGUUUCCCUGCCCUGAGUCCCUGGUCAGAAUGCUAAUUACUUUUUCCUUUGGGUGUUUCUAUCUGAGGGACUAGACCUAGUUUGGGGUCCUUUGUACUUUGCCAGACUGUGCCUUUUCACUAGGAUCUUUUUAGGGUAUUCCCCAGGACUGACAUCCACAUGCACAGCAGACAAAAGAUGACUUGGCUGCUGCAAACCAGCACAGUCCAAAGAGCAGAUUCCUGGACAACUGGUCUCAUCUUCCCUCCUGCCGUCUCCACAAAACAUAUUCGCCCUGUCUCUUCUCAGCUCAGAUGUGAGAUUCGGAGGUCAGGGGGAAAACUGGAGAUAAUUGGGAGAAAAUUGAUGAAGUUAGCUGCUCUCAGUGGAUCAGAUAAUCCAUGUUAAUUCAUCUGUCUCCUAUUGGGGAUUUUUUAUUUUAAAUUUAUUUAAACUGUUAUAUAUGUCCUCUUUUGGGGUGACAAAUCAGGCAUGACUAAAAGAUGUACAGUGACUUAUGAAGAUGUCCACAUUCAAGUUUCUGAAUGCUCUCAGAACCUGAAGGUGACCACAGGCAGUAUUCUUAAGAUCCUUGGAGUCCCCACGGUGAUGGGAACUUGCAGACAUUUGCAGUGAUUCCUAAUGUUGCCGCAGUCUGGUAGAUUCAUACUUACCCAAGGGAGUCAGAAAACGUAUUCAUGCAAGCGCUUCCAGUAAGCCAGCACCCAUCAGCAGCAGCCCUACUUCUAACAAUCAAUAUUGGGACAACACAUGUUCUAUUAUGGGGAUAGUGGCAGUGGGGGGAGAGAGAGAGAGAGAGAGAGAGAGAGGAAGAGAGGAAGAGGUGGGGGUAAGAAUAAAAAGAGGCCAACUUCCUGAUUUAUGGACCUCUCAGUUCAGCUGAGAUGUCACAUUAUGUAAAAUGAAUCACAGAUUUUUAAAUGAGAAGUCAUUCUUAACAAUACAAUGAUUGCACCAGUAAAUAAAAAAAACUGAGACAGCCUUCAUCUGAACAUUCAAGGGUCUAUGAACUGUCAGCCUUUUGCUUUCAAAACCAUUUAUUUCCAAUCUGAAAAAAAAAAAAAGAAUCAAUAAAACCUAUCCCAAACAUUCGAGACAAUUUUUUUCAAAUAUUAUUUAUUUUAAAUUCAAUCAGCUCUUCUAGAAACAGAUUCUGGUCUGACUGAAAACUCCCACAUCAAACCCACUCAUCCAGUGGAUAAUUAUUUGAUGACUACCAUGAGCAAAGCACACAAACCUUCAGUUCUCCAAUACUGAAUUGAUUCAGCCCAGAUUGUUCAGAUUUUGAAUGACUGGGCAUUUGUAGUUUCUAUAAGCAAGAACACUGAGAAUCUCCCAGUCCUCACAUUGGAAAACCAUUUCUUUAUAAUAAAAAGGAUUCUUCGUUUUUUUUUUUCAGAAGGAAAACUGAAGGGCCCUUUUUAGCUAAAGUUCUCUCCUACACCAAGAUUCCUGUCUCUUUCUUUGCUGUCACACGGCAGUAGCCAAUCCCUUGAAGAUCGUUUAACAUCUCCCACCAUUUAAAACAUCAGUGAGAGUUUGAAGAUUUGUUUUCGUUGCCAGAUACAGAAGCCCCUUGAAAACAAGGAGAGGGUGGAGGAAACACUAUUUUUGGUCCUACCCCUACCCUCAAUUAUCAAACAAGCUCUCUAGACAAAAGGGACACUUACUAGGGAGAAACAGGGUAUCCAUGGUGAGACCCCAUCCCUUAAGAGGAAAGCUCCAAAGAGCAGGGAGGCAAUGCAGAGGCCUGGCUGCCCUCCUCACAGCAGGAAGCCCACAAUUGCCAUCACAGUUUGGUACACAGUUUGCCAUCAGAUAUGAGAAAACUUGGAGUGAAAAGAAUCUGGGGUCUUGGUUUUCCCAUAAAUCUAAUAUUAAACCAGUAGGGUGGUACAGAUGUUUUAUCAGGCAGAUGGUAAUAAUAGACACACAGAGUCCAGGUCCUGGAACAAGAUGGUCAUAUAGUGCCGAGAGCUGGCCAGUUGUGUCAAGGAGCUGGGUUUGAUUCUAGAGUCCACCUUUUCAGAGAACCCCGGGCUAGAUGGAGACUGUCCAUGGGGAAAUGAUUUCAAGACAGGAAGGAUCUGGGAAGAAUUUCAUUAUCAUCUGCCAGGGACAUGGUAAUAGGACUCAUUGGAUCCAAUAACAUGUAGGCUCCCUUCUGAUGAUAGAAUUUGGUGAUUUUUCCCUAUGGAUUAAGACAAACAACCCCCUGAAUGUCUCCGGUGCUUAUUUUAACCAUCUGCUCCUACCAUGGACACUGGUAGCAUGCGUUUAUUUUUAGAAAUGGCUUAACAUCUCCUGAGUGUUUGUGGGGAAAGGGAGUAUGAAGAUUGGGAUCCUGGAAGCCAUUUAAUGUUUUCCAAGGGAACAGAACCCACAAUGCCUCCAGAGUGCCUUUCCAAUGGCCUGCAUGAGGACUGGGGGCAAUGUAUUGCUGGGUGCUGAAAGUCCUCCCUCGGGGAAGCACAAAGAGGCACUCUCCAGAGAACCAAAGAGCAAGCAUGUGUUCUCUGCAGGCCCUUGCAUAGUGGUGUUUUUGUGUUGGUCUCCUUUGCUCAACUCCACAUAACCAGAAAGAAAUGUGGGUGACUGGGAAGGCAAGAAGCAGUGGCUAAAAUACCAAAGUUGGCAUGUGUUCUUUUUUUAAAAAAAAAAAAAUGCGUAUAUUUUUAAAUAAAAUGUUUAUUUUAAAAAGAAACCUUUUUCCUUGGCUGUCUGAUGUACCCAGGCCGUGUGCUAUGUGCCAUUUACGUGUAUUAUUUCCUUUUAUUCUCACAAGGGCCCCAUGGAGUGGUGCCAUUAUUAUCCCUGUUUUUGCAAAUGGAGAGAACCAGGCUCAGAGAAGCUAAAUAAAGUGCCUGAGGUUACACAACUGAAAAAGUGGCAGAGCCAAGAGUCAGACUGUGAUGUGCCCCC